CCCUUCACUCAAAUUCCAACAUUCGCACCCCGAUCGUGGUAUUCAAAUUUAGAGGAGUCCUACGGACAAAAUGAGACAGAUUUUCGGAAUACUCGGUCAAGGUCAUCGAGGAAUAUCCAGAGAGGACCAAAGUUUCGGAUUAUUUUGAAGACCGGUUUGGAUUAAUUACUCCUACUACAUUUUCGCCAGUUUGAAAUUGAAUCCAAUUUGAUUGAAUCACAGCAAAAGGAUUUAUUAUAAAUUCAAACAUGUAAUAAAUAAUUGAUUGGUGGUGAUUCUCAAUAUUGGGAUCUACAUUGUAUUAUAUGGUCACUGUGGAUACCUAAUAAUGUAAGGAAUAAUUGUGAUUUUCUACUCCUGUGAUUGGGAUUACGACAAAUGUGUGUGUAUUUUCCCAUACCAGGUGGAUAAUACUAGAGUAUUGAAGUUAUCACACAUGUGCAUCCAUUCUUAUGAUGCAAAGGGACAAAAAUACCGUGGGAGGUGGUACCAAUGUCAGCCGGUCCGGGGCAACUCCUGGGCGCCGACCCUUCCUCCCCGAUCAAGAUGGUCGGCAUAUGCUGAUCAAAAUUAGGGACACUUUACAUAAUCGUUUCAAAAGUGACGACUCUGGUAAGGAAAUGUCGCCUAACAUACCUUUAAAGCCGGAUAUCAACCAGAGUGGUUCUGGAACUCCUACAGGAGCCCCUAAUAAAAUCACAAGGAGCGUCUACCACCAGAUCGCUCUACAGAAUAUCAAAGAGCGCCUUCGUCCAUUUCAAAAUUCGCCAAAUUCGGAUGGAAGUGAACUCCAGCAGGGUAGUGCCAGUACAUCAUCUCAGGGUAGUGAAGAUGGAGACAGCAUUGGCAAGCACCUCAACGACGAAACCACACUCGAGUCUAUUGGAGGACACAAUGGCUACAUCAAGAUUGACAAGUCACAACUUGUACAGAACCGUAAAUCGAGUAUUGAAAUGCCAAUGCACAAUGGCUUCACAGACAGUACAAGUGAAAGGUCUGAUAGCCCGCAGUGUUCACUUCCAAGUCGGACGUUACCCAACGAUACAUCUGUGGUAAAUGUAACGCCUGUAACCAAUGGCGAUCAGAUUCCCCCACCGGUGCCACCACGAAUACCAAUAGUGUCAAGUAGUUCCGCAUUGGGAGUUAACCAAACCACGCCAAUGAGCAAACAUCAGAUAAUGAUGGAAGCCUCACAAAUAAACAACCACCAUCACAUGGUCAACCAACAACUGCCAUCACGGCAGUUAAAUAUGAUUCCGUCGCCCGACAUGCAGCAAAUAAUUCCGGGACAACCACAUAUCAAACACAGCACCAAGUUAAAUCAACUACACCAUCACCAGCAGCAGCAGGCGCAGGGCCUCACACAUGCGGGACAGGUCACACCACAACGCAGGAGUCCUGUCAACAGUCUGGGCCAGCCCGUCAUUGUACAGAGACCUUCAGGACAGUUGGUGACAAUAUCGAACCAAAGUGGGAGGGGCUCUGGUAGUCAAGGGCAGAUAACUAUCCGUUAUUCCAAACCACCGCCACCGUAUAGUCAACAUCCAGUGAGUAGGUCACCAGUAGUGAACAUAUCAGGUCCAGGUCACACGGAACAGUCACACCUUAUUUCAUCCACAGUUCCUCCAGUGUAUCGUCCUACUCCAAGAUAUGAAACUCAGAUCACUGUUAAUAACACAGUACCAGGUUCACUCACUGGAUCUGAUAAUGUUCUCAAAAAGACUGCUGUUUCUCCAGCACAAUCAAUGGCGUACUGUACUAAACCAGAAAUUGUGUCGGAGACAGUAAAGAGUAAAAAAGUGACUAAGCCAAAGCCUAUGACGGCUACGAUACCCAUGUCCCCAGCCCAGUCAUCGGGGCCUAACUACGUUUCUCAUUCACAGGGCACCAGCUAUGUGACAUCUCAGUCAUCGGGCCCAAACUACGUCACCGCACAGUCACGUGGCACAAACUUUGUUUCACAGUCACCUGGUUCAAAUUACGUGACAUCACAGUCACCUGGUACAAAUUAUGUAGGAUCACAGUCACCUGGUACAAAUUACUUGACAUCACAGUCACCUGGUACAAAUUAUGUGUCUUCUUAUGAAGCAAAAGUAGGAAUGCCAAAUCCUCGACCUCCAACUCCUGAAGUUCAGAUAAAAAUCAAACAUCAACCACAUAAAGUUCAACAGAAAUCUUCAAUGAUGCGCCAAGACCCCAUGCACACCCAUAUGGGAGGUCAAGGUCAGGGUGGCCAGCCCCAGAUUCAGAUAAACCUUGGACAGCACGGUCCUCACUAUACUCGCAGUGUUGUGGUACAGCGGGGUCAGGGGCAAUACGACUACAUCAGACGCCCUAUGGACACUCAAGGGUCAACCCCAAGGUCAGACUCUCCAAUAUCCUUACGAGGCACAAACCAGUCACCCAUGUCAACCACAUCGACAAGUAAUUCAGAUAUUGCAGACAGACUCUCAGAUAAAAUCCCUGAUAAACCCCCACCCCCUUACCCUGGAAAACAGAUCAAGGCUCAUUUACCCCCUCAUGUGCAAAUAGUGACUCCGUUCGCUCAACAUCCCCCUCCAUCUCACCCUCAGUUGCAAAUUAAUUACCCGAUUCAUUUCGGUCAACAAGUUCAAGGACAAAGUCAGGAACAGCCACCUCUGCCACCAAGAGUGCCUAUACUACAUAGAAUUUCUCCAGAAUCCUCGGACACGCCUCCACCUGUGCCAACAAAAGGACCGUUAGUGAUGUCCCCCCCACCUCUCCCUCCCCAUUCCACAGGCAAACAGUCUAGGGGGAGCUCACAAAAAGUAAACGGUGCAAAUAAAAAUGAACAAAAUGAUGAAACAGAUGAAACAACGUCAACAGUUUCUGACGCAAGUAGUUGUAGUCACUCUGAAAAAACAAGGUGCACAUCUCCAAUGCCAGAACGAAAAGCUGAUGCACAAGAAAAGGAUUCUUUACGUGGUGAAACUCUAGUACGGAACUAUUCGCCGCAGGCAUUCAAAUUUUAUAUGGAGCAACAUAUUGAAAAUGUGUUAAAAUCUCAUAAGGAGCGGGAAAAAAGAUGUUUACAGUUAGAACGUGAAAUGUCAAAAGUUGGACUGUCCGAUGAAGCUCAGCACCAAAUGAGGCGCAUGCUUCACCAGAAAGAAUCCAACUACAUCCGAUUAAAAAGAGCAAAAAUGGACAAAUCUAUGUUUGAAAAACUCAGUUCAUUAGGUGUGGGAGCAUUUGGAGAGGUGGCACUUGUGCAAAAGAAAGAGGUCAAUCAAUUGUAUGCCAUGAAAAUGCUAAGGAAAAGUGAUGUUUUGAAGCGUAACCAGGUGGCUCAUGUGAAGGCUGAGCGUGAUAUAUUGGCGGAGGCAGACAAUGAAUGGGUAGUAAAACUCUACUACUCCUUCCAAGAUCGUGAUAACUUGUACUUUGUGAUGGACUACGUACCAGGCGGAGACCUCAUGGGUCUUCUUAUCAAAUUGGAAAUAUUCGAGGAACCUCUAGCUGUUUUCUAUAUUGCAGAAUUAGUGCUAGCAAUUGAAAGUGUGCAUAAGAUGGGGUUCAUUCACAGAGACAUCAAACCGGACAAUAUUUUAAUUGACAAAGAUGGACAUAUGAAACUGACUGACUUUGGAUUAUGUACUGGUUUUCGAUGGACACACAAUUCCAAGUACUACCAGCCACAAGGGCACCACCUUAGACAAGAUUCUAUGGACGUCAACUUUGCAUCUGAAGUAGAGUGUAAGUGUGGCCAAUCCCAACCCCUGAAGCCCCUUGAGCGGAGACGAAAACGUCACAACCACCGUUGUCUCGCACACUCUCUGGUCGGCACCCCCAACUACAUCGCUCCUGAGGUCCUUGCUGUCAGUGGUUCAGGGUACACAAAGUGCUGUGAUUGGUGGAGUGUCGGCGUGAUUUUGUACGAGAUGUUGGUGGGACAACCUCCCUUCUUCGCACCAACGCCACAGGAAACGCAAAUGAAGGUCAUCCAUUGGUCGGAGAAUCUAAAUAUUCCAAGGGAGGCAAAUCUAUCACGAGCGGCUGAAGAUCUAAUCCUGAAGCUGUGCUGUGACCAAGAAACACGUCUAGGUGCCAAAGGUGCAGCUGAGAUAAAGGAACAUCCAUUCUUCUACUCACUGAACUUUGAGGGGCUACGGAAACAGACAGCUCUGUUUAAACCCAAAAUUAGUCAUCCCACGGACACAUCGAACUUUGACCCCAUUGACCCUGAACGUGUUAGAGAAAGUGACCCAGAUGAAGAAAUAAAAAAACCUGACCAUCCUGUCAACGGAAAACAUCCUGAGCAUGCAUUUUUCGAGUUCACAUUCCGCAGGUUUUUUGAUGAUGGUGGACAUCCAUAUCCCAUGAAAAACUGGGAGCAUAGUACUGAGAAAGAAAGUGACAUUGCAAAGGAAUCGGAACCUGAGUCCUCCAAUGCUCCUGUCUACGUAUGACAUCACAUGCUGACUCGGCUACAAACCAGAUCACCCGAUCGGGAGUGUAGCCGAGUCUAAACACACAACAGAGGUCAUCAAAGAUAAAGAUGGUUUACACAAAAGCUGUUCUUAAUAGGUUAACGUCAGAAAUACGUCUCGCUUUAAGUUAUGAAAUCAUAUCUAUAUGCAAAUUCAUUUAAGAGAUAUAGUUUUAUGUUUCGAGUCAAAUUGCUUAGCAAUGGAAUGUGAGUGGAUUGUUGCGAGAUCAUACUUUUUAAGCUAACUCAUUUCACCACGUACCCUACACUUUUUAACACUUGCGACAUUUGCAGUGAUGACGGAUAACAAUUCUUUAUACUUCAACAACAGUGACUUGUUUGUCUCAAAAUCAGUCCAUUUUGGAAACUGGUUGAAGCUUAUUUAUUUAAUAGUACAACAACAGAAGGUUCAAACCCCAGCUGGCUACAAAAUGAAACAAAAUAUUUUUUCAAACUAACAUUUUGAGAUGACCAUAUUUUGUGACUCCAUCUUUAUUUGUGAGGGGCUCUUGGAGGGAAUGUUCUUUUUGGAAAAGAAACUCAACAAAAUUCUUUGAACAUGUACCAUAUUCAAAUUGUCAGCAGGAUUUAACUUUUUGUAAUAUUCUGAUAAAAAAAAGAAUUCAAUUUUAUUUCAACAUAGAUAAUUUUAUUAAGAUUAUGUUGACAUACCAAUUUCCCUCCUGGAGCCUCAAUCGAUGUUAGUGAUACUUGCAAGAUAAGGAUAUUUAUGUAUCUAUCCAUGACUAUUGGAUAUACAGAGACUGGUAUUUAAAUACUUUCUCUACAUACUUGUUCAGCUGAGAGAGAGAGUGAGAAUCGGACAGGGGAAAUACUGCUUUCUAUUCACAGAUAUAGAGAGAGAGAAGAAUGAAUUUUGUUAAGAUUUUUGUUUCAUUUUGGAUCAAAUCCAAAGAAAAGAUAUUAUUUUGUACCAAUUGAAAUAAUGUUAAUAAUGUUUAUCAAAACAGUCUUUCAUCAUUGUACAAAUCACGUAAAUUUGACAACACGUUUGUGGAUGUCUGUCAAAGCUAUGCAUUUCUUGAGCGAGAUGAUUGAUCUUAGUCUAGAUACUGAAACACGUCAAACAAAGGAUCUCCUGGUGUCUUAUAGUGGAAACAGUGACUCAUAAACACCAUAGGACCAAUGUCCUAAAGUGGAGCAAUCAACACACCAUAAGACCUGUUGGUGUCCUAAAGUGGAUAAAUUAACCUGCCAUAGGACCUAUUAGUGUCCUAAAGUGGAUAAAUUAACCUGCCAUAGGACCUGUUGGGUGUCCUAAAGUGGAUAAAUUAACCUGCCAUAGGACCUGUUGGUGUCCUAAAGUGGAUAUAUUAACAUGCCAUAGGACCUGUUGGUGUCCUAAAGUGGAUAAAUUAACAUGCCAUAGGACCUGUUGGUGUUCCAAAAUUGGCUAGAUUGUCAUCUAAGUAAAUGUGUAUUGUGACGAUUAUUGAUCCGUCACAUUCAGAACUGUAUGGAAAAAAAAGAAAGAUGAUCAGACUUUAUGAAGUAAAUUUUAAUGAUAUUCUAAAGAAUAUAUUUCAAAACUUUCAUUGGCAAUUAUUUUUGUUGUGAAUGACGCCUGAAGUGAUGGCCACCAACUUGGUGUAUAGCAUUCCUCCACACACUUACUGUGCAAUAGAAACAAGUGCUCUUAAUAUUGGUUCAGGUGAUUUAUCAUAGUUUGAAUACAAGAUAAAAUAUUUAUAUGCAAAUGUGUAUAUAUUUUUCUGGUGAAUAAUAAAUGUUUGAAUUGAGCAUAAUGAUAAAACAACCUUUAAUGGGAAAGGCUGUAUGUGUAAUUUUCAAAUGAAAAUUGAUUGAAAUCGCACCUAUAGAUUAUCGGGGAAUUUCUAUGGUUAGUACAUGGACCCUGCUCCCACCCGAGACUAGUGGGUGUGUUCUGUGAGAUUUACCUGUGUGAUUUACCUGUGUUGUGGGUAGAUACUAUCUUGUCUAUAGGACUACACAUUUACACAUUAAGUAAUCGAGCACACACUUAUUGUCACGUAUUUCCACAUAUCAAUUAUUUGAAAAAAACUUCUAGUAAGGAAGUUUUAUUUGUCACGGCUCUCUAGGAAUCGGUUAAUCAGAAUUUUAUGUCAUUAAUGAAAAAUUUGUAAAAGAUUCUGUAGCACCACAGUUAGAUUGUAAAAUUCCUCUACUUACACACCCACAUGUCCUGUCUGGGAGUACAGGUCAGAAAAUUGAAAAUCCGGACAAAGACUAAUGGCUAUUGGAAUGUACCGUUGACUUAGUAUCCACUGGUGACUAUUGGAAUGUACCGUUGACUUAGUAUCCACUGGUGACUAUUGGAAUGUACCAUUGACAUAUAGCAGUCACAAUUCAGUAUGGAAGGUGAUGCCUUGACUUAAGCUUUUCCCAACGUCUGUUUGAUGAGAAUUUUACCAAGGGCUCCUUUAAAUUUGUUUAUUCAGUGUUGGGAAGUGACAGCUGUACACGUGUACACACCAUGGAUCCACAGGGUCAAUAAUGGGGUCAAAAAGAUUUGACAAGGAAAAAAAAAAAAGAAGAAAACUUACCAUAUUAUGACAUCUCAAUAAGUAUGUGUAUUUCUCUAAUGUUACUAAUACAUUUUGGUAAAGAAGGGAAAUUGAUCUUGUGACCUAACAAGACCAACAAUAAUAUUUCAUGUCUCUCCUUCAACGUUAUAAUUGCAAUGUUGAUUAACGUUCUAAAUUUACAGCAGUUUUUUUUGUAUGUUUUUGUUCCCUCCAUUGUUUUUGGCCUGGCCAUCCCCAACUGCCCGGUUGUUAGUGCUAUAGAGCUUAUAAUCCAUACACUUAAUCAACAGUCCAACAAAUGUGCAAGAGCGCUAGCCAAUUUGAAUUUUUGCAGGGUAUAUCAUAAUUUAUAACGGAGAAAAGAUUUGGAAUGGUAUCGCCUAAAAGUGCUUUUAAUAAGAUGCAGCAAUGCACUUGUUUAUUUCUGUGUUAAAAUAUCUAGUUUUACCAGUUGAUUAAUAGUUUUACCUGUUGAUUAACAGUUGUGUCUUGUUGUCAAGGUAACUUUACCUGUAUCCAUUUUAGUGUCUGUGGAUGUUAUAAACCAGUUAUAUUCUUUUACCUGUUAAUGUUUCUGUUCCAGCUAAUGCUUCUGUCCUCUAUGUUCUGUUUGUAAAUAUUUAUAUAUAUAUAUAGAAGUACAUUUACCUAUAUGUAUAAUAGUUAUGUAUAAAAACAAGAAAUAAAAAAGGGCUUGAGCUUGCAGCUUGUAUGCCUAGAUUUCCCAUGGUGCAUCCUUUGUACAGUGUAAAGAAUUCCUCUAAGCGUGUCGAGCUGUGAUGCAGAUGCAGGUGUGCGGUGCAGGUGUGCUGACAGUGGAUGCUCAUAUGUGGUGUGUGUGUGCGAACUGCGAAUGUUUGUUGAUUUGUGAUGAUGUAUAAAUGUUCAGACAUAAAAGUUGAAGUGAAUCUGAGAAAGUCAGUUGACACAAAUUUUAAAAUGGUCAGUAUACACGUGUCUGAUGAAUUUGUGAUUGUGUGUGUACACUUGUGUCUGGUGAAUUUGUGUUAAUUUACAUGUGUCUGGUAGAUUUGUGUACAGUCAGUAUACUGUGUGUCAGGUAGGUGUGUGGUUGGAGCAUCUUGGGGGGGGGGGGGGGGUCUGUUAUUGUGAUUGUGCACACAGCAUACAUGUAAACAGUAGUGUGCUCUCCCUGCCUUGCCUACAAUGGUAGUAGAUGUAUCUGGCCACUCGCAACAGGGGUAACAACUGCCAGGGCUAAAACCAAGUAAUUAAUAAUACUGGGAAUAUGUAUGAUAAAACUGGCAAUAUUCUCAAAAUAAAAGAUGUCAACAUAAA